AUGAAAAUAGUAAGUAUGGCGGAUGAAAGCAGUGAUUCUAGUGACUCAGAGUCCACCCACAGCGAGCCAGAGGUCCCAGAGGAGCCACCCAAGACAUGGCUAGGCUACAGCUGGUACCUGGUCCGGAAAAUGGCCAGAGGAACUUGGUCAACUAUCCAUGUGGUGGGUGAUAAGCUUGCUUGGGGUCUGGGGAUCACGAGCCCUGACUGGCAGUAUGCACUGGACAUCCACGAGGAUCUGUUACGAGAGGCACAAGAAGAGCAGCAAGAAGAGGAGAAAGCUCUCAAGAGACAGGAAGAGUUGGUUGCUCAGAGGCUAAGGACUAUGGAGAAUGCAAGCACUGAUCACGAGCAAGACAGAACUACAACUUAGUCACACACAAUACCUUUAUUCAUUCUACAUACGUAUAGAUUAAUACUUGAUUUUGUUCAUUUUAUCCCUCAUGCAACUUUCAUUGUCAUGCAAUUCUAUCAAGUCCGAUAUUCAC